AUGAAUAUCUCGGCAUUCCUUUAUUUCUUCAAUUUGCUAUGGGCUACUCCCAGCGUUGUCUUCUCACGAGGACUUGAAAAAAAUACUCAAUUCAAAGUGGAUUCCUUGCCAGGCAUUGCCUCGUUGCCGGCUAGUUGGGCUGGUCGCCUCCAAGUUCCAGGAGCCGAGAGCGGGAAUGAGAUUUUCUUCUGGCUGUUUGGAUCAGAGACGCUGACAUAUGAUGAAAAUUUGAUCAUUUGGUUCAAUGGCGGUCCUGGCUGUUCAUCCUUGAUAGGGCUGGCGACAGGCAAUGGUCCCUUUUCGUUUAACGGCAACUCGACCAACCUCGUUCGCAAUCCACACUCCUGGACGCACCUGGGCAACGUGCUGUAUGUUGACCAGCCUGUCGGUACCGGCUUCUCAACGGCCAGCAAUCCUUACCCUGUUAAGGACAACGGCCAGGUAACAACCGACUUUGCUGCCUGGUUGAUCGAUUUCUUCGAAAAGUUCCCUCAUCUACGAUCAAAGAAGAUUCAUCUUAUGGGUGAAUCGUAUGCUGGAAUUUAUAUACCAUACUUUGCGUCCCAGCUUCUCAAAAGCAACAGCUCUGUGCCGUUCGACAUCCGUUCAAUGUCCCUGGGUGAUGGCUCGUGGGGAAAUGGGGCAGCCAUGUCCUCCGUCGCCACGGGCCAGUACCUCAGGUCACAAUCAUCCCUCCUUCGAAUCCCCGAGGACGUUCUCUCCGUCUUCUCCGAAGCAGAUGAAACUUGUGGCUUCAAUGGCGUACUAGCAAAGUCCGCCAUCUACCCUCCCCAGGGAAAGAUUGAGAUCCCGGGAAACCCAGAAUACUUCAACCUGAAACGUCAACGUCGGGACUUGACCAACGCCCUCAAUGCUACGUGCGACAUAGGACCUACGACUCCAGAAGAAAUUCGUACCUCAAUCUUCAAUUCAACCUGUUAUGGUCCUUGCGCUACCUUCUCCACAGCCAUGGAUCAUAUGACCACCAUAUCCACCACGAGCACAACUCGCGGUUGUUACGAUGUCUACGACAUCUCUCAUGAUUGCAGUUCCAUCUCCGCACUGCCAUUACUGGCAGAGUACUUCAGCCGUUCAGAUGUGCAGGCUGCCCUGCAUGUCCAGGACAGUGGACCUUAUAGCGCCUGCAACUCAACCAUCUUGGAAACUCUUCUUGCAGUAAGUUCCCCCGUGCCACCAGAAUACUCCAUUCUGCCAUCACUGGUUACUGAAUACAACAUCUCGCUACAUCUCUACUCCGGUGAGUGGGAUAUGCUGAUCAACCACUUCGGCGCGGAGCUGUCGCUGCAGAAUAUGACGUGGCGUGGUGCGCAGGGGUUUGCAAAGAAACCCAAUCAGUUAUUCUAUGCUGAUAAUGCAGCUCCAACUAAGACCAAGGUGUUGAAGUCCAAACCUGCUACCACUCUCGCGACUGCGACUGCUACGGCUUCUGCUGCAGGUACAUGGGGUGAGGAGCGUGGUGUCUCGUAUCAUCUCUUCCGCGGGGCUGGUCAUAGCGUGUUUGUGAAUAAGCCGCGCGAGAUGUUUUCGUUUGUGCGAGAUGUGGUCGUUGCUCGGAGGGCUGGUUGA